AUGGCUAUGGUUAUCGGCGAUGUUGGAAUUGAAGGAGAGACUAUUGCCGCGCUCUUCGACACAGGAGCCGAAUUAUCGCUAGUCACUAUAUCUACAUUAGAGAGGCUUGGUAGGAAUGGUGCUAUCGAUACUACGGUUACCCCUCCCAUUGUCGUGGCAGAUGGUGGAUCAGUUUAUAGUCACUGA